GUGGACUUGGUAAAUUUUGGUGUUUUUUGUUGUUGUCUAUAUACGUGAAAUUUACACAGAGUGAGAGUACAGAGGGGGCUAAAGGGUUACGAAAUUUACCUUUUGUCAGAUUCUGGGGAGGAGAAAUCUUGGCCAUAGAUUCCUAAUCUGUGUAUUUUUUUUGGGUUGUUGUGUUUUUUGGGGAUAAAUAGGAGUAUCUGAUCCGAUUUUUUGUUUCUCUUUUGGUUGCUUUUUUGGUUGAGAAGAACAGAAGGAGGAAGGAGGAAGGAAGAAGAAAGGGGUUGUGAUAUAUGUCGGCAAAUUUCUGUUUGGCUGUGAUUGGAGCUCCAUUGAAGCUCUGGGUAUCUGUUUCUUCAGUGAUAUUUGGUCUUUGCAUGCAACAAAUCCUCUGCUGUGAUCAUCAGCAGCAGGGUACUACUCUGUUUUUCACGACUGUUUCGAUGCGUUUGAGGCCCAAAAGGACUUGUUCUGGUGUUGUUUGCUUUGGUGGAUUUCAUAUAAACCGAUUUUUACAUCCUAUUUUGCUCUUGAGACGGCCGAUUACUUGAUUUUUUUGCUGAGUUUUUCAAAUUAAAUUCAAAUUUCUUUCUGUUUCCUUUUGAUAAACCAAUUUUCUGGGCACAUUUUGAGGGGUUUUGAAGAUUUGAAGAAAUCAUGAAAAUGUUUGAGUCUCAGAGACAAUUUCAGAAAUCGAAGGUUAGGGAAGAAUCAGCCCGACCCAUGAGGAAAAUCCGGAUCGUUUGUGACGACCCGGAAGCUACUGAUUCUUCUGAUGAUGAAGGGGUUGAUGUUUCGAAACCCAAACGAUUUGUUAGGGAGAUUUAUCUUCCUGCUGUUAACUCUUUUACCCUGAAAAAAGUACCUGAAACUGAAAGUUCUUGUCAAGAUAGCAACAAUGGUGACAAAAAGAGUAGAGGAGGGGUUAUAGCUAAAACCCCUAAAACCCCGAGUUGCCCGAGGCCCUCGUCUUCGAAAUACCGAGGUGUUCGUCAGCGUAAAUGGGGAAAAUGGGCUGCUGAAAUUCGGGAUCCUUUUAAAUCUAGGAGGGUCUGGCUUGGUACUUAUAGUACUGCUGAAGAAGCUUCUCAUGCUUAUGAAAUGAAAAGGCUUGAAUUCGAAGCGAUGGCUAAGAGUAAUUCGAAUACUGAUGUGUCUGAGAAGAGUUCGAAUAACGAAAGUAACAACAAGAAUCGUCGAAAGGUCAUCAAUGUUGGUUGUGUAUCUGAAGAUGACUCUGCUCAGAGUUUGGUGUCACAUACUUCACACACAUCUCCAGCAUCAGUUUUUGAAAUGGAGUCAUUGACUUCUGGUUCUGCUGCAGUGUCUGAGGUUAACAACAAUGACAAACUUGUUGAGCAACUACUGGAUGAUGAUAAGCUGGGAUUGAUGGAGGAUAGUUUAUCGCUCGCUGACAUUGGUGCACGAAUGGAUUUCGAUACGGAGAUGGACAUGUUCUUUGCUGGGAAUGAUAAUUUUUGCCAGAAUCUUGAUGACUUUGCUGUCAAUGAUUUUGAGGAUCUUCCGAUAUGUGGACUUGAUGGGCAGUUGCCUGAUGAUUUACCUGAUUACGAUUUCGACUUUGAUUUCGAUGGAUACAAUGAUGCUUGUGCUUGGAUGGAUGAUGCAGCAACUGCUCCACUGAUGAAUGGAACAACAACAACACCCCUCAAUAUUGCAUUAUGCCCAUAAGUUUUGCAGCUAUAGGAGUUUCAAUAUUUAUUAGUACUCUAUUAGUUUAUUUAUUAGUAAUCCAUAGAGAGUUUUAAUGUCUCAAGAAUCAUUAAACUUAGCUUCUCGAGACCGCGGUCCUUCGCUUUUCAAGUUAGUUUUGAGUAGUCUUUACAUUAUGUUUUAAGAGAGUUUUGAGACUUUGAGUUUUGAGGAAUGUGUUCUUGUCUUUGAAGAAGAUUGAGUCAAUAGUCCCUUUGGGUUUUUCCUGUGCUGCUAGAGCCGUCCAAAGGCCUAUUGAAUCUCGAUUUUCGGUUUAGUCUCAGACUGUUUACUGUUUGUGAUGAGCUAUG